CAAAUUGUGUAUAUUCUGCGUGCGGCCGAAACCUUGCGCAACGCGGGCUCUCGGUCACAUAUACAUAAUAAAAUUGUACAACGCACGCACACACACACACACAUGCACGAUAAAUACAUACAUUUGUACUGUGCCAGUUUCAAAUAAAUAUAUAAUUGUAAAAAGUUCCGAAAAUUUUUGAUAAUAAUUCGUGCGAAAAUUUUUACCCAACCUGCUACAGCGCAAGACCUAAUUUAAUACAUAUAUAGGAAAUCUGAGGCUGUGCCGACUCCAUGUGAAAAUGGCACUAUGUUUCAAUUGUUUAUAAUAAACUUAAGUGUACUUAAAAACUAACAAAUAAAACAAACGACCCAGUAAAGAUGUAGCCAAGACCCAGCAAUGUCUUAAGGGUACACGUCAGCCGUGAGCUGAAAUCGAAAGCUGGAUCUCGGAACUCGGAUCUCGGAAAUUCCAUAUUUGCGAUACCUGAGAAACUUUGAACGGGUAGUUUGAGGAAUGGAAUCGAUGAAUGAAAUAAUUGAUUCCCAACCGUUCAGCCAGCAGCUGAUUGUGGAAACAAGUGAAUAUAUUGGAGUUGAAUCAGCACACCAGACGCAGACGAAGACGCCGGAGGGCGAAGUUGGUGAUGCGGUGACAGGGAUGAAGUACGCAAAGCCACGCUUAGAUCUGCAUUCACCGGCGGCUCUAAGCAGCACCAUGCAGACUCUGAUCGCGACACACACGGACAGCAGCCGGAUUCAUGAUGAUGAGGAGGAUUCCACCUCUGUGGUUAUGGUUAUUGACGAGAUGGGUCACAACAAUUUACAGGCGACCUAUCAAAUUGUGCCUCAACAGCUUCAACUGCAGGGCGGCAGGAGUCUGCCCAUGUCCCUGCUACCGAUACACCAGGAGCGUCAUAGUCCAGUCGAUUUCGGCGGUUCCGACAUAAGCCUCGACGGGUUGAGCGUAAGUACAGCAUCCCAGAUAAUUGCAGUCAAGCAAGAGCACAAGCUGGUCAUUGUACGCGAAAAUGCCGAUGUCAAUGGGAUCAAUCGGCGCGCUAGCCCUCAUAUCGACAUUAACAUGUCGAAUAUCAAUGUGAGCGUCAUCGAUGAGCUAUCCUCUGACGGUGGCGGUGGCAUGGAGGAGGUCACUCUUAACCAACACCACCAACAGCUUUUGGAUGACCAGCACCACCAGGACCAUCAGCAUCAACACCACCAGCACCAACAAUAUGGUCAUCGACUUGCCGCAUCCUCAUCGGAAUUGAUCCAUCACCAAGUCCAGCAGCAACAGCAGCAGCGUCAACAUCAACGUACAGUACAACUGGGAAUGGGCAGUCAUGGAAGUCAUGGUCAUCAUCGGGAGGCGCUGUCCGUUAUUGUGCAGGCGCCGGAGGAUGAGGAGGACAUCGAUGACGACGAGGAUGAUGAUGAUCGCGACUCUGGGGGUCAGCUGCUUAGCCCUGCUUUGGCCGUUGACAAUGCACUGGAGCAUAGCACUUACCAGACCUUGACUUCGGUCAACAAUCGCAUAUCAGAGCCGGGCUUCAGCCCAACGUCAUAUGCAACGCUGACGCCCAUCCAGCCGCUUCCGCCCAUAUCCACGAUGUCAGAUAAGUUCGCCUAUGUGGGCCACAUUUCAGGCAGCACGAGUUCGUCGGGCAGCGCUAAUGGCAGCACCAGUUCGACUAGCAGGAUCAACAACUGUGACCCUGGUGGCACUGCGCAUGGCUCAUUCCCUAGCUUACCUAUGCCCAUUGAGGGCGCACAUCCGGGCUCUUUGGGUAAUCUAAGUUUGAGUGGUUUGGGCGGUGUUCAGUCGCCGUAUUCCUCCUAUGAUAAAUUGCCUUCGCUAAUCUCACCUCCGCCUCACAACUUUGCCAGCUCGCCACCGCACGGACUGUCCGGAAUGGUUGGCUCGUGCGAUCUGCACACUCACAGCUCGUCGGUGGCGUCGCCGGUGCCUGGGUCGGUGCCAGGUGGUUGUGAUACGCUCUCGCCUCACUCCGAAUUGCACUCGCACUCGCAUUCGCCUCAACUUCAGGGGAAUGUUAAUUUGAAUGUGCAUACAGCAGCAACACCGGGCCAGCAGGGACAUGGACAUGGACAUGGACACGGUAUUGGACAUGGUCAAGCUAUGCAACUGGCACCGGUAGCUCUUCAGAAACAGAUCAUAUGCCUUUCGCCAACGGGUGGCAUUUCCGACGGGGUCGUUGUCAGCGAUUAUGAAUCAUCCUACCGCACACAUCAUCAUCAUGAGCAUGAACUUCUCAUGGCCACGUCCUCCACAUCCAACAAUUCAACUGGCGGUCGCAGCUCUCAGCUAAGGUUGCAGCACAGUCCAACGCUUAGUCCGCAUUCGGUGUCUGCCGGUUCCGUGGUCUCCAUGUCGUUGCACUCGCCGGCAUCCGUUGUAACGCUGCCGAAUAUGAACGGAUCCGUUGCAAAUUUAUCGGUUGACUUGCCCGUUGUUGUCUCGCUUUCGCCGACACCACCGCCCGGCGAUAAUUCCAUUGCUGCUGGCAUUGAUGAAAUUGUCCAGCGACAGAGUCAAAAGCAACACCAACAGCACGGUCAUCAAGGUCAGCACGACGGCAAUGAAUGCAAUCCCAACAGCGACCAUAACCUAAACAAUAACUUGGAAGUGUGCAAUAUAAAUCAACACCAGAACGGAUUCGUCGGUGAACGACAGACCCAACCCAAGCUGGCAACGCAUUCCCCAAAAUUAACUGGAGUCGCAUCGGUCUCCAGCAACGUCUCCUCAACUGCUGCUGCUGCGGUCAACAAUCGUUCGAAUGGUCCCAAUGACAUGGAGGAGAUCAAUACCAAGGAACUGGCUCAACGCAUCUCUGCCGAGCUGAAGCGUUAUAGCAUACCGCAAGCGAUUUUUGCACAGCGUGUGCUUUGCCGAUCGCAGGGUACACUGUCGGAUUUAUUGCGCAACCCGAAGCCAUGGUCCAAGCUCAAAUCGGGCCGAGAGACCUUCCGCCGCAUGUUCAAAUGGCUCCAAGAGCCAGAGUUUCAGCGCAUGUCUGCCUUGCGCAUGGCAGCCGCACAGAUACCACAGCGACCAGCAACUGGUUCUGGUUCUGGGUCCGGUUCUGGUUCGGGGGUGGGUAGCAUGGGAAACGUUGCCUUCUCAUCAGGCUCAGGAUCAUCAACGGCCCCCGCCGUGGUGUUAACCAACACAAGCUCGGACGCAUCGCAUGGGUCGACUAUUUCAAGAAAUGCCGUGUUAGGGGGAUCUGCGGGCUCUGGUGUUGGUGCCGGGUCCAAUUGCCGUCGCAAGGAGGAGCCGCAUAUAGAACAAAUGCCGCAGCCAAAAAAGCCACGUUUGGUAUUUACGGAUCUGCAGCGGCGGACACUACAAGCAAUUUUUAAGGAAACAAAGAGGCCUUCAAAGGAGAUGCAAGUGACAAUUGCACGCCAGCUGGGACUGGAGCCGACCACGGUGGGUAACUUCUUUAUGAACGCUCGUCGACGCUCCAUGGACAAGUGGCGCGAUGACGACACCAAGAAUGCACAGCAUCCGCACAGUCGGCAUCCGCAUCAGGAGGAGACGGACGAGAGGGAGAGCAACAGUGGAACUCAUGGGCACUACGGAAGUUUGCAUACGACAGCCAUGUCGCCGCUGGGCAACUUCGACGAUGAGGGCGAAAUGGACCUGGACCUGGAGCAUCAUGAUUUCUUGGUUGACGAUCACGAUCAAGAUGGCGAUGAGCACGACGACAUGUUGUGACAUAAUGGCAAAUACACGCGAAGAACACAGCGCAGCAAACAGUCCCAGAAUGAAAAUAUUAACCAGAAUUCCUGCACUCGCACCUAUACUCACAGCCACAGCUACAGCCACACCGACAACGAUUCCGAUUCCGAAUCCAAAUCGGAUGCGGAUAAUAAUAUGAGUCCAGGUCCAAGCCCCAAUAGGAAGCUCGUUUUAUCUAAGCGUACAAAAAGAUUUCAAAAUCAUAGGAAUCGGAUAGUGAGAACAGCCUUCAACGUAAACCCUGAUGAUCUACGCGACUUUCAACUAGUCGAGCUGGAGUCGGAAAAGGAAACGCACCCACAAACUACUCAGACGCGAUCGCAUCCAGACUCCGACCCGGACUCGUUACCGGGUCAAUGGUCGCCCAGUUUGGUUGUGCAACAGGCGGACAUAUCUAUUGAUGGCUUAGGGGUUCCCGAUUGCAUUGAGUACCUGUAUAAUCAGGUAGAAAUGGACGUUGAUUGUCACGAUAGUUUGCUAGCUAGCAUCAACUCUGCAAAGCUAGUAUCAGUUCGCUUAGGUUCUAACUAUUAUAAAGAUCCCAAAUUAAAACUAAAUGAUCGUUGGUCGACCAAGCUUCAAUUACA